AUGGCUUUUCUCAAAACCGGUCAGGUGGGCUUUAUUCACUGCGCUUUUGAUGAGGUGCUGGAAAAAGCUCAUCGGCCCUCACAUCAUGUCAGCUAUCGGAUGAAUAACACGGAAAGCGGAGUGUUGAUCGAUUUGGCACAACCUGAAUCGGUUUCCAUUGCUAUCGACCCGGCAAACACAAAUUUCACCGUUCGGCGAUAUAAAGUGGUCGGCAUCAGUGCAAAGGAAUAUACGGGACUACUGAUUACCACAUGUACCAGCGUGUUCUCAAACCUGACUGCUGAAUUGGACAUUUACUCACCCGAUAGGUCAGUGGAGAUCAACUGUAGCCGGACAUUCACCAUCCAGGAGCCGGCCAACGGCGAGUUGGAAAUCAAAACAAUUGCACAAAACUAUGCUCAUCAGCCUGUUCCCUUAGGUACUGAAUUCAUCUGUGCU